AGAGAGAAAAAAUGUGUACGAUGACAUCAUAGACAAGAAUGAUGUUACAGUGACAUCACAGAACUUUCACAGUGGACAUCAUGGGAACACUUUCUAGAAUCUUCUCACAGUUCUGUAUUCUCUGCAGUUUGUGUUUUCGCGCUCGAGCAUUUACAGCUUUAUAUUUGUCUUCAUCUGCGUUUACAAGAGCACUGAUCUGCCAUGGGUAACUCGACGUCUUUUUUUCAUCCUUUGAGACUGAAAAAGAAGAACAGAGUGAAGCUGGGAGUAGAGGAGGGAGCGCACGCCGUCGGUGUGGAAAGUUUACAGAGAUGGAAAACCCUGAAACAUCUAGAAGAGGAUCUCUCUGAGUCCGGCAUGUGUGACGGGGACAUAACACCGCCCCUUGAUCACAUGGAGCGGGAAUUGAAGCCCGGUUCAUCCCUGAACGAGGGACAUUCUGAGGAGAGCCGAGAGAACGAGGAGCUGCAACCUGAAGGAAAGAGCUUGGAGGACUUCAACCUCCUCGGCCUGCUUGGAAGGGGUGGACACGGGAAGGUUUUUCUUUCUGAACUCAGAGGCACCGAUGAGCUGUAUGCGCUGAAAAUAAUGAAGAAAGACAGGAUUCUGGCUGACAACACCAUUUACAACACGUUUAUGGAGAGACGCACACUGGUUCUGGCCAGCAAAAACCCGUACCUGACCCACCUUUUCAGCUGCUUCCAGACCACCGAUUAUUUGUGCUUCGCCAUGGAAUAUGUGAAUGGAGGGAACCUUUCACAUCACAUACCAUGCCCAGGCGGCUUUGACGAACCCCGCUCCCAGUUUUAUGCUGCUGAGAUCUCCUGUGCCCUCAUGUUUCUACACCGCAACGGGAUCGUUCAUCGAGAUGUCAAACCCGAAAACAUCCUCUUGGAUGCAGCUGGCCACUGCAAGCUUGCAGACUUUGGCAUAUGCAAAGAGGUCCUUCAAGAUGUCAAGAUGACAUUCUGUGGCUCGGAAAACUACGUGGCGCCUGAGAUGAUACAGGGACAGAAAUGCAGCACAUCGGUGGAUUGGUGGGCCCUGGGUGUGGUCAUGUACGAGAUGCUGACGGGCUGCAGGCCGUUUGACGACGAAGACUGGUUGAAGCUGUGUGAGUCCAUCAUCGAGGAUGAACCGGAGUACCCAUUAAGUCUCAGCAAAAACGCAGUCAGCAUCCUCAAAGCCUUCCUGAAGAAGGACCCCAAGACUCGUCUCGGCUGUGUGAAGUCGCGCUUCAGGAGGAAGGAGGAAGCUAUCAAAGUUCAUCCUUUCUUCAAAACAAUCAACUGGGUGCUUCUGGAGCAGAAGAAGAUUACGCCCCCUUUUAAACCCCUAAUAACAACAAAGACGGACGUGACUAACUUUAAAGAAGAGUUCACCCGUGAGGAGCUCACGCUCUCUCUAGUGAAUAACGCCAUCAUCGAGGACUUCAGCCAAAAGGAGUUUCAAGGCUUCUCCUACAUUAACACCAUGGAGUAACUGCUGUUAAUGUAACAUGAAUGAGAUCAUGUUAUGGCUAAGGUAAGUUCUUUUUUAAACAAACAAAUUCCCCGCCUCCUCUACAUCUGCACAAUGGCAGGAACUCCAACCAUUCAUAAAUAUAAGCAUGACGUUAUUGUAACUGGAGACUGUAUUGAUGAAAUAACACGUGUUGGACAUAGCCCUAAACAUUUUAGAGGAUUUCUAUGCACGUUUUGUACUUUUUUUUAUUUAAUGUGUUAAAUUUUAGAUCUAAUGUUUUCAUUUUUUUUUUUCUGUUCGGAAUCAAUGCUCCUCGUAUAUGACAAUCGAGAGCGAACUCUAUAUAGGCGAAGAGUUAUUUCGUUUUAAAGUAACGCGUCGGUCAUGCACAAUAUGUUUUGGAGCUUCUGCAUUGAGGGAUAACCAAAUAUUCAAAAUAUUACGUUUCAGAACUGCAGCACUCUAAUGCAAAGUCAUUUCCAGCAGACACUGAUGAGGAGACCAACAUCUCACCAAAAUGGAUGGAAAACUUUAGGGGGAGGAGCCACAGUGCCAAAAACAGGUUUCCAUACCUCGGCAGCACCCUGUCAAAAACAGCCAAUAUCGACGAGGAAGUGAACACUAGAAUCUCCAGAGCCGGUGCAGCUUUUGGAAGGUUUCAAUCUAGUGUUUGGAUUCGAAGGGGCAUCAAGACCGAGACCAAACUGAAAGUGUAUUCGGCGGGCGUCCUGCCCACCCUCCUCUACGCUUGUGAGACCUGGACUGUCUACAGUCGACAUGCGAAAAAGCUGAACUGAAACUGUUGAAGAUAAGAUGGCAGGACAAAGUCCCAGACACCGAUGUCCUUCUACAGUCUAAGAGGACAUGUGUCUUGGUUUGAGUUUUUGUGUGCAUGAUUUGUUGAUUUGAAUUGUACAGUGAUGCACUUGAGAAGAUGGGUCUGAAGAGAAAAGUGACACCAAGUCAGAUCACAAAGAAAUGGGAGAAAGCAGAAGCAGCACUGUGCUGGAUUUUCUGGAGAACGAGGCAGAAAAAGAUGAACGAUUUCGUGCAACGAACAAACUAAUGACCUCUGCCAGCAACAGGGUCCUUGACCUCUUUGAAGAAUUAAUAAAAAAAGAUUUAAACAUGAUCCUGGAGUAUUCGUUUUGUUCUGAAAUAGUUUUGUGAGACUUGAUAUUCCUUAAUAGAUGUUUUUAUUCCAAACACACUUGUCAGAUGUGUACCGUUCCGGACCGUGAAGGACGUUAAUAAGAAGUUAUAUUUAUCAUCAAAAUGGUUAAACUUCUCUCCCAAAAGGAUGCCCAGAUGUACGUGUCGGGGAAAAAUCCCUCCAACAAAGUAUAAAAAGGCAGGGUAUUGGCCUUUUCUUUCUAAAAACAAACCAAACUCUGUUGUCUUAAUGAAUUAUUCAUGUCUAUACGAUAUCUUACACUUCUACCACCUUAAAGACUUUCUGGCUUUCGUCCCAGCUCAAUACACCAAAACUAAAUGGUGUGUUCCAGGCCUCAGAGUCGCCUUAAUCGGAAGAGCGGUUUCGGCCGUACAUAAAAAUAUCGAAAUGCUAAUUUACUGCUGUGGGACGAGAGAUACAGAAACACACAGAACUCUUCUAACUGAAUAUACACAGGAAGUACAGAGAGAGACAGAAAAACACCUGCUGUGCAGUAAAAUACACGAGUCUUCUAGCUCAGUACACACUUACAACAUAACCAUCAGAAAGUGUUCUAUGGUUUUAGAUCAUGCUUCUAAAAAUAGAUUAUACGUAUUGAUUAUGCUUGUUAACUCAUACUGAUGAUUAGAUUAUGCUUUUAACUAUACCGCUACAGAUCCAUUCAUAUACAGGACAUACAUUAUUUUACUGCUGCUUGAGUCUUAAAUAUGUCAUAAUUUUAGAACAGGAGGCGUGUAAUGUAUGCGGUCAAAACAUUCAAAUAAUAUUGAUUAUUUAAACCACAGACAGCGCUUCUGUGGCACCUGUGGGAAGAGUUUCGAAUGUGUUACAGAGCAAAAUAUCUAGCAAUUGUUAAAAUCUACAAAACUGUGCCUAAAAACAGGUUAACGCAGGGGUUCCCAAACUUUCCCAGGGCAAGGCCCUCCAAAUGGAAGCCCCCUUUUGCAAGAUGUCUUUAAAACAAAUUAAAAAUAC